UCACUCUCAUCCACAGGUGUUUAGAAGCGACCGAACUUGAAGCUCCAGAAGACACCAAACACACACGAAACUGAGAGAGAGAGAGAGAGAGAGUCAGAAGACAGAGCUGUGAUUUUACACAUUUGAUGGGCCUUUACUUUCCUCUUCUUGUGCUCAUUCAUCAAUGGCCUCCUACUCUCUCCUCUUUACUUCCUUCUCCUCUUCUUUCUUGAACACCCUUCUUCACAGGUUCCCCAUCACCGGAAUCCUCCUCCUCCUCAUUUUCCUCCACUCCCUUUUCUAACCCCGAUCUCGAUCUGGGUUCCUUUCAAUUCCAUUCAUUUCUGCUUUCUUCAUCAUAUCUCCAAUCUUGCCUCAUAAAAGAUCAGCCUUUUGAGUUUCAGAGUUCCCUGUUGAGAACAGGCAAUGGCAUCGGUGUUUCUGUACCACGUUGUUGGUGAUCUAACUGUCGGGAAGCCGGAGAUGGUGGAGUUCUGCGAGACGGAGUCGGUGGAGGCGGCGAUAAAGGCGAUCGGAGAUUCGACCGAGUGUGGGAUACCGGUGUGGAAGAGGAAACCACAUGCGGGUAUUGAGAACAAUGAAAUGAAGCAGCAGAGGUUUGUGGGGAUUCUCAAUUCGCUUGACAUUGUUGCUUUCUUUGCUAAAAAUGAGUGCUUGGAGGAUCACGACAAGGCUCGCAAGACUCCCGUUGCCGAAGUUGUUGCUCAUAAUAAUUCUCUGCUGCGCCAGGUUGAUCCUGGCACAAGGUUGAUAGAUGCACUGGAGAUGAUGAAGCAUGGUGUAAAGCGUCUUCUUGUUCGGAAGAGCGUCGUAUGGCAAGGCAUGAGCAAGCGAUUCUCAAUUCUCUAUAAUGGUAAGUGGCUCAAGAAUGCUGAUACUAGUGGCAGUAACAAUAACCUUGGUGUCAGUUCCAAUCGGCCUUCCUCAUCGUCCACCACCACUGUCCGCGACAGCUUUUGCUGUCUCUCAAGAGAAGAUGUUAUACGUUUCCUAAUUGGUUGCCUAGGUGCCCUAGCACCUCUUCCUCUCUCCCCAAUUUCCUCUGUUGGAGCCAUCAACCGAAACUACAAGUGGAUUGAAGCCACAUCCGAAGCCAUUGAAGCCACUCAAAAGCUUCCUGAAGACCCCAGCGCAAUUGCUGUGUUAGAACAGUUGCAGGAUGGUCAGUAUAAGAUUAUAGGAGAGAUCUCUGCCUCCAAACUAUGGAAAUGUGAUCACUUAGCAGCAGCAUGGGCUUUAGCUAAUCUUUCCGGCGGACAAUUUGUAAUGGGUGUUGAGGAUAAUGUGUCCUCAAGGUCACAGAAAGAUUUUUCAAUUAAUAAAGCUGCUGGGGAUAACAAUCCAGCUAAUGGUGGUGAGACGACAAGACGAAAGAAAUUCAGUAGCAAGAGUAUAGGUUUCAACCCCGCAAACCAGAGCUUGGCAGCAACUAGAAGCAUGUACAGGGGAAGGAGUGCACCUUUGACAUGUAAGGUUACAAGUUCAUUGGCUGCUGUCAUGGCUCAGAUGUUGUCGCACAGAGCAACCCAUGUCUGGGUGACUGAGGAUGAAAGUGACGAUGUUAUAGUUGGGGUCGUUGGUUAUGCGGAUAUUAUGGUUGCUGUCACCAAACAGCCAUCCUCGGUUGCCCCUCCCCCAGGUCGGUUGUCUACUGAGCAUUCUGGUAUUGUUAAUGACUGCCACCAUUGAAUUAUUUCCUUAUUUUUUCCGGCUCUAUGAAGUAUUUUUCAAGUCCUUCAAAACAACAAAUGAACUAUUUCUUAAGUGUUGUUUCCUAUACUAUUUGUGUUUGGUAAAUUGUAAAAAGGGGCUUGAGACUGGGAAUGUAAGAUUUUGACCUUUGGUAAAACUAUAUUGCAAUAAUGGAUAAGUGGAAUAAGCAGAAGCGAGAAUAAUUAUGCUCAACCAUGUCU